GGCCUAACUUCAUCCAUGUGCCACCACCUUUCCCCAGGGAGUGCACUGAGUGGGUGUUGGGGCAGUGAAGGUACCCAUAGCCCUGCUUCACUCUCCCAGGGCUCCCAAAACCUGCCCAGGACCCCAUGUCAGCCACUGCCCCAGCAAUGGGAUUCCCUCACCCAGAUGAUGAGCUCAAAACACCUUGUAAUAAUGUGGAACCAGGAGGAGUUUGGGUGGGUUGGGAGCUGAGGUGGGUUAGAUUGCUCAGCAGUGCUCCCUUUCCAUCCCAGGCAGGCUUGUCAUGUAGAUAAACACAGUAAGGGCUUGAACGACAAACUCUGGCCACCACAUGAAAUAGUUUUAAAGUAAAUUUGCUGCUAUUGGCAGUUUUUUGUGCACUGCCAUGUGCCUGACUGUGGGAGUAGGUCUGAGUAUUUGUAAUUGUUGUUGGCUGCAGUUGAUGUAAGAGUCUUGGGGACCACAGUGAAGAAGAAAUUGCAUUUGGAGCAAAAGACUUCUUUUUGGCUUUCCCUUACACAGUUCUGAAGAUCAGGGGCCCAGAUAAUUCUGGUGAAGUUUCUAGCCUAUGGUUUGCUGAUGCAGAAGUUACCUAUUGUUAAAUUACCAUGAAGACUUAGUUCUAUUAAACCAAGUUAUUGAAAGCUGUGAAUCCUGCAGCUGCAAAGGAGACUGUGGCUCCUGAACCUGAUGUGCUGAGGAUAGUGGCAUACUACAAAGAUCCCAGCUGCAAAGAAUGCUGGGGGCUGGCUGUUGUAUGGAAAGGCCAACCACGUCACGGAAAAGCCCUGUCUCUGAUCAGAUGGGCUUAAUAUAAACCAGGUUUGCCGAGAAAGAAUUAAAGAGCCAGCUCCAAAGCAGGAGAGGAUUUACUUCGGCAGAGCAGCUCAGAGCAUCACAGCUCACUGAGAAAGAAGGGCAGUGUGAGCAAAGGACCUGGCUGCCUGAAGAAGCCUGGCACAAGGGUAGAAAAUGACCCUCAACAACGUUACCAUGCGUCGCACCCACAACAGCAGCCUGCAGCAGCAGCAGCAGCGAUGGAGCAUCCCUGCUGAUGGAAAGAAUCUGCUGGUCCAGAAAGACUCCAAUGAGUACAACCCGCAGAAGCGAUACACCAUCAGUCCUGAUGAAUAUUACAGAAGGAGCUGGUCCUCAGAGUCAUCCGAUUCUGUCAUCUCCUCUGAGUCAGGCAGCAAUUGCUACCGGGUGGUGCUGAUCGGGGAGCAUGGCGUAGGCAAGUCCUCGCUAGCCAACAUCUUUGCAGGGGUGCAUGACAGCAUCGACAGUGACUGUGAGGUGCUCGGAGAAGACACAUACGAAAGAACACUGAUGGUGGAUGGAGAAAGUGCAACCAUUAUACUGCUCGACAUGUGGGAUAAUAAGCGUGAGGGAGAAUGGAUUCGAGACCACUGCAUGCAAGUGGGAGACGCAUACUUGAUCGUCUACUCCAUCACAGAUCGAGCAAGCUUUGAGAAGGCCUCAGAACUCAGAAUACAGCUCCGCAGGGCACGACAGAAGGAAGAUAUCCCCAUUAUUCUGGUUGGCAACAAAAGUGACCUUGUCAGGUGCCGCGAAGUUUCCGUGGCAGAGGGACGAGCCUGUGCCGUUGUGUUUGACUGCAAGUUCAUCGAGACCUCAGCAGCCGUGCAGCACAACGUGAAAGAGCUGUUUGAAGGCAUCGUGCGGCAAGUGCGGCUCCGCAGGGACAGCAAGGAGAAAAACGAGAAGCGGCUGGCAUACCAGAAACGGAGGGAAAGCAUCCCCAAGAAAGCCAGGAGGUUCUGGGGCAAAAUAGUUGCUAAGAACAACAAGAACAUGGCCUUCAAACUCAAGUCUAAGUCUUGCCAUGACCUAUCAGUUCUUUAAGAACGCUGGACUCUGCCAGAGCUUGUGGCGUUUUGUGGACAUUAUCUACCUAUGUCGUGGGACGAUCAAUCAAUCUAUAUUAGAUUGGGCUAUCAAAGUGACAGGUUCACAGUUGUGAUUGUGGUUAUACGUGCUGGCAUAAGAACAGCACAGUGCAUGGAAAUAUCUGUCUUCCCUUUCUUUUGUCAGUAGUUUUAAAAGAAAAAUAUAGACCAGAAUGACCUGAAGUUAUGGUGGGAAGUGUUCUGGAAUAUACCUGCUCUUUCUCCUGUCACCUUUGGAUAUUAGUGUAAGAAUUUCAAACAGUAAUGACUUGGGAAGUGAAUACUACACUUUUUCCUCUUUUUUCUUGUUAUUAUUAUUACUUUCUUAAAACUGUGUAAAGAACUGAGGGAUUGGCUGGGGAUUGGUCCUGUGCCAGUUGGCUGGCCAGGCCCGAGCACCCACUGCCGAAAAACCUGCAUUGUUGUAGAAUAGCCACCAAGACACUAUUUUGUAAUGUUUUUUUUAAUGUCAAGGAUUGGUUUCAAUGAAUUUACACAUCUCUUACUUUGAAAAUAUUUAAAGGAAAACCCCUAUAAUCAAACAAAUUUUCCUCUCCUAUUUUCCUAUUAUGGGACUGUUUAAAAAUCAUAAUAAACUUAAAAUGAAAGUGCAAGUUGUAUCAAAGUGCAUCAAGUGCAGGAUGCCAAACAUUUAUAAACCACCAUUUCUGAGCUUUUUUAAGAAACCACAUGAACUUUUAUCCAGCCUUGGCCUUUCUCUAUGCCAGAGUUAUGCUGUAUUUAUUGUUGUGCAAAAUAACAAGCAUUUUAAUGUCGAGGGAAAAUGUAUUUAUUACCAAGUUUCUUAAAAGAAUGAUGUUAAUUUUAUUACUGUUUUCUAUCUAUUAUCUUUUUUCAGACUAUGCAAGUUUUUACUUACAUGCCUUGUAAUAAAAGAAAUAAAAUAUA